AUGGACGCACCAGAGCCAGAGACGCCGUUCGCGUCAGUUUCGGCCCAGACGACCAGAUUCCAACGAAUGUACCAAACCUACCUCGACAAAUCCACACCCUACGUCGCAUACCGAUGGAUAGGCACAGGUGUGCUCUUCCUCCUAUUCGCAUUACGGAUAAUAUUCGCGCAAGGAUGGUAUAUCGUCGCCUACUCCCUUGGCAUCUACCUUCUCAACCUCUUCCUCGCCUUCAUUUCGCCCAAAUUCGACCCUUCCCUCGAAGCAGACACAGACAUGGAAGACGGUGUGCCUGCUGGCGAGUCUUCGCUACCAACAAAGAAUGAUCAAGAGUUCAAGCCGUUUGUGCGAAGAUUACCGGAGUUUAAGUUCUGGCAUUCUGCGACCCGAGCCAUUGCGUUGGCAUUCGCGUGCAGUUGGAGUGAUAUAUUCAAUUUGCCUGUGUUUUGGCCGGUGUUGGUGGUGUAUUGGUUGAUAUUGGUGUUUUUGACGAUGCGGAGGCAGAUUCAGAGUAUGAUCAAGUACAGGUAUGUCCCGUGGGAUUGGGGCAAGGCGAAGUACAAUGCCGCUACUAGCAAAUCAUCGCUCUGA